UCAGAAGGGGGGAAAAAUGGCGAUUUCAGAUAAAGUAACAGCGAAUUUAACGACUUUAUACCUAGCAAUUAUUGGUACAAUGAAAGCUUACGGCUUAAUUACCGGUCGAAACUUCACCGGUUGUUCCGUUCUCAUUCUUUCUACGGCUGCCGUUGUUGCGGUGUUGAUUGCGAGUUUAACAUGGGAUAUAUCCAUCAAAGCUAGAAAUAUUAGGGUUCGUGAUAAUCCUGAUCGGGUUAAUAAUUAUCAGCAGCAGCAGCAGCAUACUAGUCAUGAAUUUUGUCGAGGUGGUAUAUGCUGGCACGGCGUCGCUGUUAGUUCUCCGGCGUCUCAAUUCCGGUUCCGACUUCCUCAGAAUCAUAUUUAAUUAUGAUUUUCAGAAUUUAGACAUGUGAGUUUUUCGAUUAAGAACUGUUGUUUCUGAAAUAUAUGUAAAUACAUAUUUGAUCUUUUUUUGUAUAUACUUAAUUUUCAUA